AUGACCAGCGUUGACGAACUCUUCAAGAAGCCCAAUCUCCCGUCCGGCUCGACGAAACGCAAGUUCGAAGCGCCAGACGCGCAAGCAGCAUACAAAGCCACGAAACUAUCAGCGAAUGGCUCUCCGAACGGCACCGCGCAGGCCAACAGCGCGACGGUAGAAGAUGACGAGGACGACGAUGUCGAGGCUGGACCAGAACCACCUCCAGAUGACGAAGGCGACGACGAAGAAGGACGAUUCUUCGGCGGAGGCGUGACGAAGGAUGCUGCACAAGCGCUCGACUACCUGGACGAGCAGGAUGAAGAUGGCUACAAGGAGGAAAAGAUCGACUCGGGGUGGUUGAGAAGGCUGGCCGUGAGUUUCGAGAAGAAGGCGAACAAGAACUCGGAGUUGAGGGCGCGGUAUGAGAGUGAGCCGCAGAAGUUCAUGGCCAGUGAGGCGGACCUUGACGCCGAGGUGAAGAGCUGGAGUUUGUUGAGUGAGCAUCCGGAGCUUUACAUGGAGUUUGCUGAGAGUGAGAGUCUGGCGCUUCUGGUGGGGCUGCUGGCUCAUGAAAACACGGAUAUUGCAAUUGGUGCGAUCGAGAUCAUCUCGGAACUCCUGGACGAAGAUGUUCAAGCUGAGCAGGAUCAGUGGGAUGCUCUUGUCGCGGCGCUGCUGGAUGCGGAUCUACUCGAGCUCCUUCUGAGCAAUCUGGCGCGAUUGGAUGAGGCGAAUGAGAGCGAUCGAAGCGGAGUGUAUCACAGCCUGGCGGUUCUGGAGAACUUGGCAAGCCAGCAGUCAAUCGCGGAGAAAGUUGGUCAGGAAAAGGUUCUAAUGUGGCUAUGCAAUCGCAUCAAAGAGCCUGAAAAGCCAGUCGGACAGAACAAGCAGUAUGCGGCGGAGGUGUUGCAGGUGCUGCUGCAGUCUUCGCCUCUACUGCGCAAACGCCUGGCUGUGGAUAUCGACGGGGUUGAUCUAUUCUUGCGCCUACUCUCAGCCUACCGGAAACGAGAUCCGCCCAAAGACAGUCCAGAAGAGGAAUACGCGGAGAACCUUUUCGACGCUUUGGCGUGUGUCGUGGACGAGGCAGAAGGUAAGCAGAAGUUCGUUGAGGCGGAGGGUCUCGAGCUAUGCCUCAUCAUGCUUAAGGAAAGCGCUUUCAGCAAAGUCCGCGCUCUCCGGCUUCUGGAUCAUGCUGUUGCAGGCCAAGGGGCAGCAUCGGCGGAGGUGUGCGAGAAACUGGUCGAGGCUGCAGGAUUGAAGGUUCUGUACAGCAUGUUCAUGAAAAAGGCCGACAACACUACCGUUGAGCACUUGCUCGGCAUCUUUUCUGCGCUUCUGCGGUUGUUACCAGGCGAAUCUUCAGCGCGAAUACGGACGCUAGCGAAGUUCUUGGAGAAGGAUUACGAAAAGCUCACGAAGCUCGUGCAGUUACGGAAGGACUAUGCGCGUAAAGUCGCCACGGGGGAUGAAGGCAUCCAGCUGGAGCAGAGGAUGCUGGAUGAAGAGGAACGGGAGGAGCGAGCAGACGAGUUCUUCUCGCGGCGGCUUGACGGAGGCUUGUUUUGUCUGCAGACCAUUGAUGUGGUGCUUGCGUGGCUCAUUGCAGAAGACGGCGGGGCGAAGACGCACAUCAGCAGCGGACUUGGUGGACUGGAGAACGUUCGGAAGUCUUUGCAGGAGCAGAUGGCUCUCUUGGAUCCUCAAGCUGGCGAUGAUGAAGAUGCGAGGGAUAUGUUGAGCACACUCAUAGACUUCUUGCAAUGA